AUGUUCGAGGAUCUCAAAGUCUUGGCAUCGGCCGUCUCGGCUGCCUCCGAACCAGCCGCCCUUGCCGCCGCCGAGUCAGCGAGACGAGCUCAUCCGGUGCGAGAGCCUCCGAACAAUCAGAUUAAAAGCUACAACAUAUGGCUCACGAAGCGCUUUCCAGUGCCUUUCCCGACGGCCAUGCUUGCCUGCUUGCUUCUGCUGUUUGCCAUCAAGGUUGGAGAAGCGCAUAUCUAG